AACGUAGUUUUGAUGUUUUAUGUGAAUAAAUAUGCUUACAUUACUGCAUAGGAUAUAUUUUGAUGCAAUUUGUGUAGUUUUGUUAUUUUGAUUUCGGGAAUACCGAUUAGGUACCUUUGUGGCAAGUUGAUACGUUGGAGAGUUGUUUUCGUCACACUGUAGCGCUAAUGGAAAAGCUUAAAUUAUGCCAAUAAUCUAACUUAAUUUUUUUCUUCCCGUCAGUUGCAUUUGGCACUGUUAUAUGCCAUUAAUAUGAUUUAGUUAUUUUAACGUUGAAUUAUCCAACAGUCACAACGAGGCAUCAACAUUUUUAUGUGUUGGAUGGUUGAAAUUGAGAUGUUCCAGCUUAGGUUGUGGAUGUUUGUAUCAUAUAUGACAAUGUUUAACGUGUAAUUCAUGUAAAAUUGUUGAUGAUGUGACGUAGGUCAUUUUUGAACAUAUAUUACGACGUUUGAUAAAGUCAAUAAAUAUGAUAACAUAAUAUAUAAACUGUUUUAAUUUUAUAUAAACUAUUUUUGCAAAAGUUCAGUUCGCAAAUUAAAUGUGUCCAACGAAAUUUUAAACUUUUUGUGAGGACAUUUAUUUGAUCACCACCAUCGCAUUUAUAAGUCACGUUAGAUGGCGCUAUGGGCGUAGAGAUGGUGCUGAUGCAACGCUGUUCAACGAAGGAAAAAAACACCCGCUAAAUUGUUUCUGGAACCUUCCUUAAUUUUUUCGGUAUUAAAGUUUGUUAUUGCUGUUAGACACAAUUAGCUGACCUGAGCGGUAACAUGUUAGGUGUUUAAAGUGAUCCUCAACCUAUUUUAAGGAUUGACGGUGUUCAAACGCUGCAACUUGGAUCAGUAAAUGUAUGCCAAUACUUAGUGAAAACUAAAACACUAACCAAUAUCAUGCUGGUUAAGGUGAAACUUGGGGAUGCCCAAAAAUUUGUCAAGAUAACAGAGCUGAGCCUGGAGGAAUUUCUAUCUGCUGCAUUUUUAAAGUUUGGUGUCCCAGCUGUACCAGAGAAUGUGAAGGUUUUUGAUGAGUCAGGGACUGAGGUGGAUGGUGAUGUUUUUGAGGAUAUAGUCAGAGAUCCCUCAUUUGGAGUUCUUACCAUAAAACAUGGUGCAGACUUGGAUUCUGCUUCUCCACAAGCCUCUCAUGAGCAGUCAAAUCGGUCCCGCACUCCAUCCGUGGACUCCAGUGACUCACAGGACACAGUCAUUAUUGAAGAAACUUCUUCAAGUAAACGAAUGAGGCUAGACGAAGAAGCUAAAAAGUUGGUGGAAACCAUUCUUGUCCAGAAAUCUGGUGGGGAGUGUAUAAUAACGGAGUACAACCGAACUAAGUCUUUGGGGGAUGAAACAAGGAGGAAAAUGGUUAAUAUCUUGGCAGCUCACAUGACAGAAAAGAAUGGUACGUCACCAACAAGGCAGGUGAAAGAAAAAUAUGCCAGAGGAAUUGUGGCUUUGUUCCCGUACCUCAGUGACCCCUUUUCCAAAAAUGGCUACGAACAUUACUAUGAUGGCGAAAGCGGUACUGGGUACUUGGCAUGGAGAAUCAAAACUAUACAGAGAGGCUUAGCUAAAGAACGACGUGCAUCAUUUGAAGGAACGUCUACUGAAGGGGGGUCUGGUGGACCAACUGUAAGACGGCAGUCAGAGUUUAAUUCAGAGACCAUCUUGAGUGAGGAUGAAUGCAAGAAAGCAAUUGCAUUCAUGAGCCAUUCCUCUGAUGAGGACGCCAUCAAGAAGAAAAUGAAAUUGACAUUCGACUAUCGCCGCAACAUGGUUCUUGACCCCAUGCAGUCAAGUGAUAUAUUGACGGUCUUUCCACGAUUCAAAGACAUUAAAGGCUUGAUUGAGCAAGACUUUGUUCUGAUGUUUGGAGAAGGAGUGUCAGGAAAGCUACUGGAGAACUGGACCACUGCAUUCAAGAAAAAAGUGAUUCAGCAGUGCAAAAAGCUUCCCAGCACCAGUGAUUUGGAAGAACUUCUACUAGCAGCUGAAUCUCCUACUGGUGACUCAGAAGAGGGUGCUAAUUUUGUUUGGGACAGUGAACUCGCUUCAAUUAUACUUCUGUUGCAUCUGAUCCCACCUUCUGCCCAAGGCCGGAAAAGACCAGGAAAGGUAUCUGCCUCUCAAGCAGAGAAACACCUUGUUGUCUUUAAGAAGAGUGGAACAAACAUUGAGGAGCAUCUUCGAGAAAUUGCAGCUAUUGCUCAGCCCUACCUCCUGGCCGUGGGACCUCAGAAGAGUUCAAUUCACCAGUACUUCAUCGUUCUUGAUCAGCAUGCCAUUCCAUGCAAGUCAGCCUCUUCUCUUGGUGCUUUUGACGAGCUGUUUAAGGCACACUUUGUUUUUGGCACCUCUUACAACAUUAUGCUACACAACAUGUACACUUUCAUUCAGACCACUGUGUACAACAUAGAUGUUGGCAAAGUGAAAGAGAGUCCUCGUGUUGCUGAGGUUAGAGCAAGGUUACUUAGUUAGGCCUAAAG